ACCUAUUCGUGUCUGUCUCCUUGAAGGCUUGAACUAAAACCCUUUUCUUUUUGGUUAGUCGGUCUUGAAGGCUUUGACCUAGGACUCCUGAUUCCCAAACUCCCCAACUUCGCUAACUUUGGAAGUUAGGAUUUUUCCUUUCUCCACCUCGCUUCUCAACCUGCAAAAGCUGUGUAGGGUUUGUUGCAGAAUUAGUUAAAAUCUCUGAAAGGCCAUACUUUUCGGUAGGACGUCAUGGCUAAGAACAAAAACAAGAAGGAGAAAAAUGGUGCUGCUCCAAUGGACUUCUCAGCGGAUGCAUCUGGAGAUCUCCCUCAAGCAAUGGACACAUCAGAGACGAAAGCUACAAACCCAGCAUCUGGUGUUCUUAACAGAAAGGUAAAGAAGGCAAUACCAAUGAAGAGAUCAAAGAGCCGUAGAAAGAUGAAAGCCAUAGAGAAGGCUAUAUCUCAAAUUGAGAAGUCUGAGUCAAAAAUCUUGAAGAAUGAAAGCAAAAUAUCAAGAACUCAUUCUGCAAAAAAAUUAUAUGAAUAAAUAACUUUCUCUUACCCAAAAAUAGGUAAUCUGCAAGUGGAAUUUCAGCCCCCUGAAAUUUUAUGUUUUGUACUCUUAGUAGUUAUUCUUUUGGUUUAUUGUGUUAUGACUGCAUGUUUAACUCUUAUUAAGCAUUAUUCUUUGAGCUUAGUGGAAUUUAUUUCUUGGUUGGGCAACAAUGUUGCCCACUUUUUGGCAAAAUAUGCAAUUCAAUUUCGUUAAAUUAUUACUUUGGAUA